AAUCACCUCCAGUUAGAGACGACGAAGUCGAAGAGGAAGAAAAUCCUGAUCAAGUUAAUCGCGGUGCGAGGAGAAAGCUGGACGAUUAUAUUUAUUUUAAUCUUCCAACCAAUUACGAAAUUGAUAAAAUGAAUCAUAGCGAAGAGACAGACGACAUUGCUUCAGUAUUAGGAUACAACUAUAAACCUACAUCUUAUUGGAAGCUGGAGGAUUCUAUUUUGAGAGAUACUGAAGAAUUUACACUUAGGGGCACUGACGGUAGCUCGGCCAAAAUCCCAGCUCGCAUCAGAGAAAUUAUCACAAAAAAUCUUUCCAGUGACGAGUUCAGUGGGCCUUUGCCUGAGAUGUCCUCCCACUUGUCAGUGGGGACCCUGCAGGAGGAGAACAGGCUCCUGUCCCAGGAGCUGAACCGUGUGGAGGAUCUGCUGUCAGCCUCCAGGGCAGAGAGGGACGAGCUGAGCAUCAAAUACAAUGCAUUAAGUGAGAGGCUGGAGCAUUCACUGCGGAGUGACUCAGGACUGGACACCAGCAGCGACAUGACCUCCAGGAGUCUGGUCCAGCAGAACAUUGACCUCAGGCGCAAGCUGGAAGAAGAGCAGUCUGGUUACAAGAGGAAGCUGCAGGCAUACCAGGAGGGGCAGCAGCGCCAGGCUCAGCUGGUGCAGAAACUACAAGCUAAGUUGCUGCAGUAUAAAAAGAAAUGCCAGGACCUUGAGCAGUCACUUCACACCAAAAACAUUGAAAUCAACCAUGUCUACAACAGCAAGACAUCAACAGAGAACAGGUACAAGUUUGCAGAGUCUGAAAGUGCAAAUGAUUUGGAUUCAGCCCUUGUUCAGUUGGAGGAGGAGAGACAGAGGUGCAAUGGGCUGGAGCAUGUCAACACCAUGCUGAGGGAGCAGCUUGACCAGGCCACAUCCACCAACCAGCAGCUGACCAUUGACAUCCACAAGCUGACCCAGGACUGGCAGCAGGCUAGGGAGGAGCUGGAGGCCAAGGAGAUGGAGUGGAGGAGUGAGGAGAAGUCAUUCAAUGAGUACUUCAACUCCGAGCACUCCCGGCUCUUGUCACUGUGGCGAGCUGUUGUUGCCUUCCGUCGCCAGUUCAGUGAGAUGAAGAUUGCCACAGAGCGAGAUCUGGCUGGGGUCAAGGGUGAAGUUCAGAAGGCCUCCCGCACCAUGCACUCAGCUUGCCUGAAUUUGAAUGCACACAUGAGGAGCGACGACACACACUUGCAGGUCAGCCUGGACAAAGAGAAAAGUGAGAGACUGGCCAUGGAGUCCACCCUGAGGGACAAGGCUAGAGAGAUCCACGACUUACAGGACAAGAUGAACGACCUGACAAUGAAGAAUGAGAGACUGAAGAUCCAACUAGAGGAGAAGGAGAAGGCGCUGGUCAUCAUCCAGAGGUCAGUCAGCCACGUGGACAAGCCAGUGGAGCUGCCAGAGACAGAUACUGCCAGACAGGUGCGUGAAGAAACUGAGGCCCUCCACUCUGCCCUAAGAAACAUCGCCGAGGCUGUCAUCAACGACGCCGACCAGUCAGCAGAAGAUGAAGAGCCUGGUGUCUCACGGCGCUGCAUGUCACCAGCUUUUCGAGCUUCAUCUGUCUCCCCAACAAGGUCAAGGUCACCCUACGGCCGCAUCCGGUCACCGCAUCGCUCACCCUCUCCCAGAGCUAGGUCUAGAUCACCCGCUUUCGCAGACGCCACAUUCUCAGCAGUCCAGGCAGCGCUCAACAAACGUCAGCUCCAGGUUUCUGACCUGAGAGCCAAGCUGCAAGUAUCCAGGGAACAUGGAGUGUCUCUAAAGAAAACUGUAGAGGAUGUUGUUAAUGAGAAGAAGAGGAUGGAGAUUAUCAUCAUGAACCUGAAGGAAGAUCUAGAGACAGUUCGCAGGGAGAAAGAUGACUCAUCGCGUGACCGAGACCGUAUCAAGAACGCCCUGAAUCAAACGGGCUCAGAGAAGACCCAGCUGGAGCGUGUGCGUCUGGAGCUGAACACACAGAUUGAGAACCUCCAGAAGGAGGCGGAGAAGCUCAAGUCCAUCAACGGAGACCUCCAGAGGCAGCGGGACACCCUGGAGGACGAGAAGGAGGACAUGUCCAAAGACAGGGAGAGACAGCUCAAGGAGAAUGAGAGAUGUCAACGGGUGAUUGAACAGCUGGAGCUGAAGAUGUCCACAGUGAGGGAGGAGCUGGUGGCCACUAAAGAGGCGCUGAGCCGAGCUUUGUUAGACAAGGAGGUGCUGGAUGGACAGACCAGAGAACUUGGUGACAGUUUGUCCAGAUCUGAGCUCCAGAAGGCAGAACUUGAGGUGGAGAUCAACAAACUGAAGACAGACGAGGCUACACUGAAAGAUGCUCUGCUCAAGAUGCAGGCCUUAAACGAGGCUCUGGGGCAGGACAAGAUGGAGUUGAACAGGAUCAUCCAGCAGCUGGAGCUGGAGAAGGCCUCCCUGUUUGGUGAGAAGUCUGCCCUGGAACAAGAGAAGUCUGGCAUCCGCGAGGAACUGGUCAGGGUGGAGCAGGAGAAGAUGGACUUGGACACAGAGAAACAUGGUCUGAACCACACACUGGAGUUGUCAGAGCUGAGCAGACAACAGGUGGAGGAGGAGAUCAGGCAGCUGACCAAAGACAAGCAGGAGAUCAUCGCACAGCUCAACAUGCUGUCGAGACAAAAGCAUGCGCUGGCUGAAGAACUUCUGAACACAAGACGUGAGCUGGAGAAGGUCCAGGUCGUGGUGGAGCGUCUCAUCAAGGACAAGGAGAUUCUCACACAAGAUAAGGCAGAGCUCAUUGUCCAGGUGACGGCCUGUGAGAGAGAGAACAGACAGCAGAGUGAGCUCAUCUCCGCCUACGUGGCAGACAAGGACAGCCUGGAGAGCGCCCUGUUUGAGGCCCAGCAGCAGAUCAGAGAGCUGGAGGUCAGGAAGGCACAGCUGGAGGGGGAGAACCAGGAGCUCAUUGUCAAGAAGGAGAACCUGCAAUCUGAAGUUGUGCGCCUGGAAAAGGAAAAGGUUACAGACUACGAACGCUUUGAGUUUUCUAAAAAUAACCUGAACCAGCGCCUCCAACAGCUAGAGAGGGACUCACAGCUGGCCCUCACUCAGGAGAAGCAGGCGCAUGAGGAGGAUGUGGAGAGGCUGUCUCAUGAGAGGGACACCCAAAGAGCUGAGUUUGACAGUGAGAGAGAGCGUCUGGUCCACCAACACAACAUGGAGAAAGAGGAGCUGAACACUUCCUCUGAGAGACAGAAGGAGGAGCUGCUCCAGGAGCUGGCCAUGCUGCAGAGAGACAGAGACGACGCCCUCCUUAUGGCGGAGAAUGAUAAGCAACAGGUGAUCGCGCUGCUGGAACAAGAGAAGUCUGUGCUGCAGGAGAAAAUUGUCCUCCUCACCAGUGACCUGACCAACCUGAACGUGGAGUACGAGCGCAUCAGACGUGAGGCGCAGGUCCAACAAGAACAGGACAGGAGCAAGAUCUCAAACCUGCAGGCCGAGAAGCAAGACAUCAGGGCGCAGGUGGAAGAAAUGACUGAAGCCCAUGAGAAGGAAGUCAAGGACUUGACAGCACAGAUCAAAGAGCUAAUCAGACAGAGAGAGGGUCUGCUGCGUGAGGUGGCUGAGCUUAAAGCUCAACUGAAAGUAGUAGAGGAAGCCAAAGAUGCUGUUAGGAGGGACCUCAUCGAUUCCAACAGAACCAUCAGAGAAGGUGAUGAGAUUAGGGAGCAGAUGAGGCGUGAAAUAAUUGAGACCAAACGAGCUGUUAACGAGGAGAUAAGAGAGAAGGAGCUGGUGACAAAAACAGCUGAGGACUUGAGAAACAAAAUUAAAAAACUGGAGGCCGAUAAAACAGAGAUGGGCCGUCUGAUACAGGAGGCCAAGCAGAGAAUUGGAGUUCUGAAUGAACAGAAGUCUGGAGUCCAGAAAGAAGCAACAGAACUGCGCAACAAUCUGCGUGAGGUUGAAAAGGCCAGACUCGAGGCAAGACGAGAACUGCAGGAGUUGCGCAGACAGGUGAAAAUGUUAGACGGUGAGCGCAGCAAGCUGGGCAAAGAGGUCGUUGAACUCCAAGUGAGGGUGGCAAGAGAUGAAGAGAAGGAAGAGGAGUCAAGGAAGACUUCGUUUGACUUGAAACAAAAAGUGGUAGAGACAGAAGCUUCCAGAGAAGCCCUCCGCAAGGACCUGGCCAACCUUCAAAGAAAGAUGGCCGAGCUGAUUGACGAGGCCAGGAUGAAGGAGAAGGACUACCAGCUGGCCCUGGAGGACAGUCGCAGGUCUGAGAGGAAGCUGGAUGACAACAGGCGCAACCUGGAGAUUGCACUCGAGAACAGCAACGCGGAGUCAGCAGAAUUACGGUUAAAACUGAGUGGUGCUGAAGGUAGGGUUGGCGCUCUUGAAACCGCCCUAGCCCGUCUAGAGGGAGCCAAGCGAGACAUCGAGUUCAAACUGAACAGCAUUGUGUCCAGCCUGAGACGCACCAUUGGCUUCCGCAUGGAGAUGCCACGGUCCAAGAGCCCCAUCCUGUCCAGAUCCAGGAGUCCUUCACCCAGAAGGUCUCGGCCCACGUCACCAACUAAAGGAUUUGACAGCACCUAUGCCACGACCACCGAGGGCCGAGGCAGCCCCAUCCCACGCACCGGCUCCCCCCUGAGGUCUGGCAGCCCCUACAGGAGCCGCAGCAUGAGCCCAGGCAGGAUUGACUGCUCCGAUGUCGACCCAGAGGCCGUGCGCAUGGCCCUGCGUGACUUCAUGGCCCAGCUGGCAUGUGCUGAGAGGGAGAGGGAUGACGCCAUAUCCCAAGUGAGAAGCCUGACCACCCAGAUAAAAGACAUUGAGGAUGAGAGGGAGAGGGUUGACAACAGACUGACAAUGCUGCAGAAAUCUCUGGGAGAGGCUGAGGAAGGCAAGCGUGACAUUGAUGGCAGGCUAGCCUCAGCCCAGACCGCCCUCAUGCUGCAGGAGGAAACUAUACGCAGGAAUGACCGUGAGCGCAAGGCCCUGACCGACAAGGUCAACAACCUUGAAAGGUCAAUCACCGCAGCAGAAUCUGAGAAACGCCAACAACAGGAGAAGAUCGCGAAGAUGAAGCAGAACGAGUGCAAGCUGGAUGAGGACAAGAAACAGCUGAGAAUCAGCCUGGACGAGUCUGAGAACAGGUGCACCAAAAUAGAACUCAACCGCCGCGCGCUGGAAGGGGAACUGCAGAGGAUGAGGAUGGCCAUGAAUGACAAGGAGACAGAGAAUCAGGUGCUACAAGAUCGCACAGAGAACCUGAUGAAACAAAUCCAAGAUCUGGAGGCUAAAGCCCAAAGUUUACAGCUGACCAUUGACCGUCUGACCACUAACCUGGCCAAAACAGAAGAUGAAGGUCACAAGUCCAAGGACAAGGUGCAGGCCUUGAACUUGUCCUUGUCUGACAGCAAUGCUUUGAUCAACGAUCUUGAGGAGACGGUCAACAAACUGAGCAGGAACCUGGCUGCUAGUGAACAUGACAGGGGACUCCUUCAGGAGAGACUUGAGGCUACCAGACAAGCCCUUAAUGAUGCAAAGAAACAGAACCACAUCCUGAUGGACAGGCUACAGGCUAUCCAAGGUGACAUGGCAGCCACGGAAGUCAGGUGCUCAGAGCUGGAGGGGCAGAUCAGACAGUCAAACAAUCUGCUAGAGCAAAGGAAAGAAUCUGAACAAGAGGUGAACCAGAGACUGCAGAAAAUCUGUGCAGACAAGCAAGCUUUACAAGAAAGGGUGGCGUCCCUUUCUAGAACACUCAACAGCAUUGAGACAGAGAAGAGAGAGAUUGAGAGGUCGACCAUGAGACUGGAGAAGGACAAGACAGCCCUGAUCAAGACCUUGGAUAAGGUUGAGAGAGAAAAACUUCAGACAGAAGAACUGGCCCAUAAGUCCAUCUACAACAAGGACAAUGUUGACCGCACCUUGACCAGGCUGGAAGAGGACAACAUCACCUUACAGCGCCAGAUCCAGGAGUUGCAGGCACAGCUGGCUGAGGCUGAGCAAGCCCACGCCCAGAGACUGAUUGACCUGACCACGCGCCACCGAGCUGAAACUGAGAUGGAAACUGAGAGGCUCCGCAGUGCCCAGCAGCAGGCUGAGAGACUUCUAGAAGCUCGGGAGAAGGCCCACAGACAAAAGGUCAAAGGGCUUGAAGAACAGAAUGCUUUCCUUAAGGACCAGAUAGCCCAGGAGCUUCGUAAACGCCAGCAGUACAUCACCAAGUCCACCCGGGCUGGGGAGGAGAUGAAGGACCUGCGCUCAGUCCUCGACACCUCCUUGUCCAACAUCAUCCACGACCCCAACCUUGACCCCAUCCUCCUGGAGCAGGAGACUCGCAGGCUGGACGAGAGCCUGAGCUACAGCCGCAGCUUCACCCCUCGCCGCAGGUCCCCCGCUAGGACAAUGUCCCCUGGCAGGGUGGGCUUCACCUCCACUCCCCAGUACCACUCUGUCCCCCUCAGUCCCAUCCUCAGACGCAAGCUGAAACAGUAGCUUUGAUAACAUUCCCAGUGCCCUGAUCAUUAGUUGACAUUAGAAGCAGAGUCUAACCUCUACCCUAACACUAGCUAAACCCCAACCACAAUUUGUAGUUUGUUUAUUUUUCCAUUGAUAGCUUUAGUUUGUUUUAGCGAAAAAAAUUUCUCAAUGAAAACUAUGAUGCUGGGUUAUGGCUUUAAAGUUUUUUUACUAGAAUUUUUAUGCUGAUUUUCCAGCCUUGUUUCAAAGUUGCUCAGUUAAAAUUAUCAUUCCAAAAAUGUUACCUGGUUCCACAAGAUGAAGUUAAGGUGGAUGAUAUAGAUCUUAGUUCAUUAUAUGCUGACCUAAACAGAUUCAUAACACUUUAUUCUCUAUUUAGGUUUUUUAAAAAAAUCUCCAAAUCAAGUUGA